GACGUAGUCAUCGGCCAAGUUCUAAAAAUUGUAGAUUCGAUACUGAUUGAGAGUAUCACAUUGGGUACCCACAUGGAAAUGAGGUAACAGACUUCACUUAGCAAGCCCCCCAAUAACGAACUUUGAGCUUCAACUGCGAAAAGUGACCACAACGAGUACGAUCUACUUGGAACAUUCGGCGCGAGAUUAUCAAAAUGGCAGAAACUCCAUUGGCUUCACUUUCCUUGACGCAUGUUCAUUAUGAUCCUAAUGAUCCAGUCUCCUACUUCUGCGCAUGGCUCGCUCUCGUACCCCAAGGACUAUGCGUCGUGUAUGCCACUCUCAUUUGGUCGACGCGCGAAAUCGAAAUUCUCAUGAUGUUUGGUGGACAAAUGGCCUGUGAGGCGUUGAACUUCGUUUUGAAACGUAUACUGAAGGAAGAACGCCCAAAACAAAUGCAUGGAAAAGGCUAUGGAAUGCCAUCCUCCCACUCCCAAUUUGUGGCUUUCUUCUCAUUAAGCUUGACAUUAUUCUUACUUUUUCGACAUGUCCCAAGGAAGUCAACACCUUCGCAUACGCCAUUGAGUAUUAUAGCCCGGAUUGGCCUAUCUGGACUGGUCUUGAUCAGCGCCGGACUGGUAGCUUGGAGCAGAAUCUAUUUAAACUAUCACACACCAAAACAGGUAAUUGUUGGUUGUUUAGCUGGAGCAGGGAGUGCUACAUUAUGGUUCUUAUUUACAACUGCAGUGCGAAAGUCAGGAUUACUCGCAUGGGCUUUAGAUCUGCCAGUGACGAGAUUAUUCCGAAUGAGAGAUUUAGUUGUGGAGGAAGAUUUAUGCCAGGCUGGGUGGGAGAAAUGGGAAGUGAAAAAUGCGACUUUACAGCCCUCAAUCAAUGGCAAGAAAAAUCGCUGAAGUUCAAAGGAAUAUGUCAAUUACAAGGUCAUCACUACAAAGUCGAUAUAUAUCAUCACGUCAAACUGAUUAACUUCCUUGAAUAGAUCCAGUUGAUACUUGCAAAUUCCAUGCCACUAAUACUCUGGAAUCAACCAUUUCCAGAGUCAUCUGAAUCA